AUGACCGGGAAAGUAUGUCCUAUUUACAUGAAAGAGGGAUUUGAAUAUAUGAACUAUGAGAUGCAGUUGGACGAUGGUGUAUCGAAAAUAAAUUCUUUAUGGAUUUAUCCGUCCUUCCGAGAAGAAGAUGGUCGUAUAUUUGCCCCUGAAGAACAAUUCAAGAUUAUUAUUAGUUUGUAUUACAACGAACACAAGCUUGAUGAGUACGUAAUUCUUGAUAAACUUGCACUUGUUUUUAGGAAUCCUUGGGUUAAAAGCAAUUUCGAAGUGAACGAAAUCAUCAAGGACAAUGAAAUUGUGCUAGAGAUUAAAACACCGGAACAUCUUCAAAACAUCACAAAGGGGGAAUCAGUACAAAAAGUUCGAAAUAUACCCAUUACUAUCCACCUUUGUACGACAGUUGCCACUUUGACCAAAUUCACAUUAAUGAGACCAAUUAAUGAAGGGUAUUCGCUCAUAUUAUUGUAUUAUAAAGCCGAAGCUCCAAUCAUGGCAAAUGACAUAAUUUGGAAUGAGUUGGAGCACCUUCAAGAGGAUAUGAGGGAACUGCAGUACCAGGUUAAAAAGUCUCGGAAGUCGUUCACUGAAGUAUCAGAGAAGAAAGAAGAAGAUUUGGGCAUCAGAUUCCGCGAUACUGGGAUUAGUCAGUAUUUGCCGCGUAGCCGAUUCCAGAAGGUGGAAAGAAAAGGACUCAGUACAAGUUUGUAUGGACCUCAUGUACGGAAACUUAUUGCACGGGCUCAGCAUGAAUUACCUACUCCAAUACAAGGACCUUCUUUUUUGGAAUUCACGUACAAAGAACUUAUCGCGAACUCCAUCAGCAACUUCAAAGAUGACAUUGAUGCAUGUGACAAAUUCCAUACAAAAUACAAGAUUGAUCCAGAUGCACUGGCUUAUUAUCUAGAGAAAUGA